CCGUUUCCGGUUCUUAAUUCGGAAGUCGGUUUCUGAGCUAGUGUGCGGGUUAGUGUGGUCUUUGUGAGCUUCUACUAUGGCUUACCGUGGCCAGGGCCAGAAAGUCCAGAAGGUGAUGGUGCAGCCCAUCAACCUCAUCUUCAGGUACUUGCAAAAUAGAUCCCGGAUUCAGGUGUGGCUGUAUGAGCAAGUGAAUAUGCGGAUAGAGGGUUGUAUCAUAGGUUUUGAUGAGUAUAUGAACCUUGUAUUAGAUGAUGCAGAAGAGAUUCAUUCUAAAACAAAGUCAAGAAAACAAUUGGGUCGGAUCAUGCUAAAAGGAGAUAAUAUUACUCUGCUACAAAGUGUAUCCAACUAGAAAUGGUCAUGAAGUGAGAAGUUGUUCAGGACAGUAGCACAGACACACCCCUUUUAGGUGUCCUUCGUUAGGAAUAUAGUUCUAAAACACGUGUUCAUAUUGUUUUGAUUAUCCUUAUGUUAUUACCAGAUAACAAUAAAUUGCUGUGGAAUUGUUUUUAUUAAAUUUUUUUUUAUUGUUUCUUUCUAGCCAGUGGUAGAGACUUUUUACACACUGGCACCAUUAGCUAUUGGUAUUUAUUGUAAAGCUUUCUGAAGUGUGGCUGCUGCUCUGGACAUUUGUUUUUUUCAGCACAUGGGCCUAUAGAUUCUUAAGGCAAAGAGUAGAAAUUCUCCUUGGCAGGUAAGUUUCUGAUAUUGGGAAGGAGGAAAGAGAGGGACCACAAAAGUGAACAAAGGUUCUUGCACUAAUACAUGUCUCUCUUACCAGUUUUAAUUCUGGAUACUGGAAUACUACGGUUCCAAACCAAAAUAGGUUGGAGACAUUUUAAUAGCUUUGGUCACUAGGUAAGAUCUUUGUGAAUUCUUUUAUAAGGAUCAGAAUGUGAGAAGUAUUUGGGUAUACGCAAAGAAUGAAGUGCCUUAAAAAUGCAUUAAAAUUGGGCUCUGUUAAGAGUUAAGGGGAGGGGGAGGAAGAGUUAAAGGGAGAGAGACUGUGAGAUUCGUAGUCUGAAAAAGACCACAAGCAGAACUGGUAAAUUGUUAGGCAGAAUAAUAACGUGUUAGUUGUGGAAACACCUGUUUCUUGUUCUCAUCUCUUAAGAAUUUUGGUUCCUCCCCAAGUAAUGGCAUAUUUCUUACUGAAUUCAUAUGUGGCUCAAUCUCUCCACCAGUAUCUCAGGGUGCUUCUAGUUAGAAUUCUGUUAAAUUAGUGGUUAUUGAGUACUUGCUGUUAGCUAGACUAGAGCUUUGAACUGGUUGUUGUGUUCAAACCCCUGCUGAGAAUUUGCAUUUCCACCCUAAAUAUACUGAAUCAGAAUCAACAUUUUAACAAGAUUCCUUAAGUGAUUCUUACGUGUAACUUUUUAGGAAAGUUAUACAUAAGUAUAUUUGAGGUGAAAAUGCAAAUUCUUGGCAGGGAACUUGUUAGAAAUGCAAAUUCUCAGCAGGGUUUCGAACCAUAACAAACAGACACGGGAUGGGGAUACAAAGAUGAGUAAAUACAGUGAGACAUGUUGGUAAACAAAUAGUUUCAAUAUUGUGUGCUAAAUGCUAUUAAAUUGGAUCUUAAAGAUGAAUUUAAAAAGCCAAUUGCUGUCAAGUUGAUACCAACUCUUGGCAACCCCAUGUGUUGCAGAGCAGUACUCCGUAGGUUUUUGUGGUCAUGACCUUUCAGAAGUAGAUCACCAGGCCUUUCUGCUGAGGGUCAUCUCGGUGGGUUUGAACUGUCAACCUUUCAGUUAGUAGUUCAGUGCUUAACCAUGUGCACCAUAAGACCUACCUUAAAUUCUGCCAAUAGGCAGUAUUGUUAAGAAAGGAGGACUUAGAAGUCCACCUCCUGCUUUUCCAGGGAGCUAAAGGAGCCCUGAUGGUGCAGUGAUUAAGCACUUAGCUGCUAACUGAAAGGUUGGUGGUUUGAACCCCCCAGCAGCUCCUCCAGAAAAGACCUGGCAGUCUGCUCCUGUAAAGAUUACAGCCAAGAAAGCCCUAUGGGGCAGUUCUACUCUGUCACAUAGGGGCGCUAUGAGUUGGGAUUGACUCAUCAGCACACAACAACACCAUCAUGAGGGAGAUACAGAACUAUUCUUUAAACUGAGAAAAGACCUGUUUGGAGCAAAGGACAGUGAAGAAAACCAAAGACUCAAGGGAGCAGUUAGUCCAAAGGACUAAUGGACCAUGUGAACCACAGCCUCAACCA